AUGGCGGGAGAGUUUUGCUUGGCUGCUGCUUCUAAUGCCGUAGGAACACUGAUGGUUGACUAUUUGGUGAAGCCAAUAGACCGUCGUAUUCGCUACUUAUUUCGUUUUCAUAAGUUAAUUGAAGACCUCCACCAACAGCAAAGCAAUCUGAAAAGAGAACAAACUCGAGUUGAAGAAGACGUUAAGGAGGCAAAACUGCAGAUUCACACUCAAGUAAUUGAGGACUAUGUAGAUGAAUGGCUGAAAAAUGUAGACAAUGCCUUGAAAGAUGUACAGAAUUUGGACAGCAGAGUUGAAGAAAAUAAGAGAUGCUUCCGUUGGUGUCCUAAUUGGUGUUGGCGAUAUCAAUUAGGCAAGGAGAUAGAGAAGAAGACAGUGUAUAUCAGUAAACUUGUAGAAGACUCUCACUUUGAACGAAUCGGCCAUCGUGCGGAACUUCCUGGCCUAGAAUUCUUCACAUCUAAAGAUAUUGUGGCUUCCAAAUCUUCAACUGCUGCAUUCAACAAUAUCAUGGAAGCAUUAGAGGAUGACAAAGUUAACAUGAUCGGGGUGUGGGGGAUGGGAGGGGUCGGCAAAACCACCAUAGUCAAAGAAGUCGGUAAAAAAACCAAAGAAUUAGGAUGUUUUCGUAAAGUUAUUGAAGUUGUUGUUCCCAAAAUUCAAUCAUUGAAAAUAUUCAAGAUAAAGCAGCAGAUUUCUUGUUCUUAG